AUGUUCGCGGUUGGUUCGCCGCCUCCAAACGAUGCUGGCGAGCGUCCAAGGCCGCGAAUAGGAGAUGGUGGCCUUGCAGUGGCUGACAACUUCGGCUCCAUUUUGGCAUUCAUAGCAUCCUGUUAUGGACUCAAAUAUGAUCGAGCAAGAGUUCGACACAUCAUGUCUUCUGACUCUACGACGCUAUUUAUCAAUAGGUCUUCGGAUAACCAUGCCCCUGCAUUGGCGGAGAACUCUCUAUCUUCUCCGUUGAUUUCACCUUUCAUUGCUGCAUCGCUAGGUGUCGAUACCGUUUCGGUCGUCGAACUGCUUAUCCAGCUUGUCCACCAAGACCUGGAAUGCGUCUCUGCUCUCCCUGAUGAGCUCAAUUCCUCCGCUGAUCAGAUGAAGAUUCUGCUUUUCGCGGCCACCUGCAUUGCAGCGGUCAAAGCCGAAGUACCAGAUUGUAAUUGUAGCACGUGGGAGCCGGAGGUUUCCUGGUGCAAAGUUAAUAUAAAUAAAACUGGAAUCAUCGCAGAGGUGGAUUUCGAAUCAAUCAAGAUAAUCAACGAAAAGCAUGUUAAAGGCAAAGACCCAUACAUCGAAGUCCAAACACGUGUUCAUAGAGAUAUCAUGGGCAAGUUAGCCUUCAAUCCCACAAACAAGUCGCCAACAACUCUUCAGGUGCAUUUUCCACCGCAAUGUCCAAAACCGGAUUUAUCGAUUUAUACCAAACCUCGAGCCGGCUUUUCGGUUGCAGUCGCACAAAUAAAGUUGGCAAACAAUUUUUCGGAAAUCGGCAAAGACAGCGCAGGCGUUUACGCAAACGUAACAGCAAGGAUUACAGCAGUUUACAAAUUGGGCCAGGAAAUUCGAAACAUUACGGAAGAGGAGUUUUUGAAGCAAUAUUUCCUUGUUCAGCUGCGUUUCCGCAAGGAUUGUUACCCGCAUUUUCCAACUAUUUAUGGCGUACUAAAUAUUGCGAAAUUACGUAUUACGGUUGCGCGCUGCGAAUACUACGCGUUCAAGAAUAGCGACAACCACACAUUGAUGACUUGGAAAAAUGACAGGAAAGAUAAGAAGAUCAUCAACUGCACUAAAAUCAUGAAAGAAAGAAAGGAGAAGAUAGAAGAAGAAGAAAGGAUACGACUUGAGAGAAGACCUUUUACUACUGUGAACAACACAGUGUGGAUGAAGAAAGCAUGUAAUUGUUGUGGAGAGGAUGAAGAAGCACUGAAAAGGUGGCUUUGUGGAGCUGAUCUUGUGCUCAGAGUCGAACUUCAAGAUCCGCUUCUUUUUUCAAAGUUCGUUCGAGACCAGUCAGGAAACGUAUACGAAAAAUCUACAGUAAUGGUGAAGGAGAUUAUCAAAGUGAAUUUAUCUGAAAUCCCACAAAAAUUUGAUGGCGUGUAG